AUGGCGCCUAACAAGAUUAUUAUCGAUACCGACCCCGGCGUCGACGAUGUUCUGGCGAUGCUUCUCGCGUUUUCGGCAAAGGCUGAGGAACUCGAUGUUCUGAUGCUCAGCUUGACAUUUGGAAAUGUUGAGGUGCAAAAUUGCUUGAGGAAUGUGGUCACGCUUUUCCAACAGAUUGAGAAGGAGAGGGCGUGGCGUAAGGAACAUGGUCGGCCAGAGGGGUUUGAGACGCUGAAUGCGAGGAAACCUAUUGUUGCUGUUGGUGCUGAAGAGCCGUUGGCUGAGCAUAUGAUGGUUGCGGAUUUCUUUCAUGGGAUUGAUGGGCUUGGAGGAAUUCACCACAGUCACCCACAUCUCUCACCGGCCGAGACAUGGAAGACGCUUUUCAAACCUACGCCAGAGAACCUUUCACCAGAGGAAGCAGCAGAGCUUCAAAAAGUCAAGGAUCAGCAUUCUCUUUUUACGCCAUCGCUUAAGCCUGCACAUAAGGUUAUGCUGGACUUGCUUAGGGAGAAUGAACCAGAUACGGUUACCAUAGUAGCUAUGGGUCCGUUAACAAACCUUGCUGUUGCUGCAGCAGAGGAUCCAGAGGCGUUUCUCAGGGUCAAGGAAGUUGUUGUUAUGGGUGGUGCUAUCGAUGCACCUGGAAAUCGAUCGCCGCCUCCUCUACACCUCAUCUAUUCUCCUGCCACAUUGUCGAUCCCAGUCCCUCCCUUUAAUCUGAUCAAGCAACCAAACACUCCCUUGCGCCUCUCGCUAAACCUACGAAACCAGAUGACACCCGGUGCGGAAUUCAACACCUACGCCGACUCAGUAGCCAGUGCGCGCGUCUUCGCCCUCACAUCGCAAAACCCUCACCUGACGAUGCCACCCACGCUUUCCAGCACGCAAAAACAAGCCAAAUUGGCCCCUUACCCCGCUCAACUAAGCAAGCGACUAACAAUCAAGCUCUUCCCCCUUGACACAACAGAACAGCAUCUCCUCCCCAAAUCCAUAUACGAAGACUACAUCUCACGCGAGGGCACAAAGGGAAGCCCCCUAUCCGAAUGGACGCACCUCUUCCUCUCCCCGACCUUUGCAAAGAAUGCCUCGCUAAACCCGCAACACCAAGACGACGCAAAACAAAGCCUCCAGCUCCACGAUCCACUAACGAUCUGGUACGCGCUCUCUGCCUCGAAUCCCUUGUGGAAAUUCAAAGAGGAAGAUGUGCGUGUUGAGACGAGUGGGCAGUGGACACGUGGUUGCACAGUUGUGGAUCGGAGGGGCCGCACGAUUACGGAGGGGAUGACGGAUUUGAGUGAGGAGGUUGUGGGGGAUGCGGGGGGUUGGAGGGACUCGCGGAGGGGGAACCGCGUGGCGUGGUGUACGAAGAGUCCUGGGGAGAGUAAGUUUGCGAGGGUGAUUUUGCAUCGGGUUUGGGGGGAUGGGGAGCAGUGGUGA